AUGGGGUCCAGGUUUGUCGAGGGUCUCGCCGACGAUGAGAGCAGAGGUGGCGGUCCUUCUUCGUCUGCCAUACGAGACGAGUCUGGGUCAACGGAGCGGAAUCUGCGGGAUGGGGAUGAGAAGGGGUCGAGAAGCCAUAGUCGGCGGAGUAUGUUCACCAAUGCUGCUUCAGCUACAGACAAAGAACACCGCAUGACCCUCCUUUCCGGAAUCCGCCUCUACCCCAAAGCCAUCUUCUGGUCCAUGCUCAUCUCCUCCCUGUGCGCUAUGGAGGGGUACGACGUCUCGCUCGUCGGCAACUUUUACGCGUUCCCGCCGUUCAAUCAGCAAUUUGGGGAGCUGCAGCCAGGCCCGGCGGGAGGGUAUCAGGUACCGGCGAGAUGGCAGACGGGGCUGAGCGUGGGGGCGCAGGGAGGGCAGAUUGUGGGGCUGAUCAUCAAUGGCUUCCUCACCGAACGGAUCGGAUACCGCAAGGUUAUCCUCGUCUCGCUGCUCUGGCUCACGGCUGUCACUGCUCUGUUCUUCCGAGCUCAGAAUCUGGGCAUGCUGCUCGCCGCGGAGAUUCUGGCCGGGGUACCAUGGGGAGUCUUUCAGGCUAUCGCCAUCUCGUACGCGGCCGAGGUCUGCCCAGUCGCGCUCCGAGGCUACCUCACUACAUGGGCCAACUCCUGCUGGGGCUGGGGCCAGAUCAUCGGUAUCGCCGUCAUCCGCUCUCAGUUUGGACGCACAGACGACUGGGCCUGGCGUCUCCCCUACGCCCUCAUGUGGAUGUGGUACCCUCCCCUCCUGCUUGGCGUCUACCUCGCGCCAGAAUCACCAUGGUGGCUCGUCCGCGUCGGCAAGAUCGACGAAGCAAGGCACUCGCUCUCGCGCCUCACGAGCUCGGGGAGGGAUAUCGAGUAUGAUGUGGACGAGACGGUGGAUAUGAUCAGGCAUACGACCGAGUUGGAGCGGGAGGCACAUACGGGUGCGAGCUAUGCGGAUUGUUUCAGGGGGACGAAUUUGAGGAGGACGCUGCUGGUGUGUGGGAUAUGGGCGACUCAAAACUUUAGCGGAAACACCUUCUCCAACUACUCGACCUACUUCUUCGAGCAGGCCGGUUUGGGUGGGACCGCAGCGUACGACUUUGCGCUCGGUCAAUAUGGUAUCAACACCGUCGGCGUCUUUGGUGCAUGGGCGCUGAUGUCUGCGGGGAUUGGGAGGCGGACGCUGUUCGUGUAUGGCCUGUGCGGGCUGUGCGUGACGUUGAUGAUCAUCGGGUUUGUUGGGAUUGCGCGAGGGAGGGUGGAGGACCGGACGGUGGGGCUGGUGACGGGGAGUCUGAUGCUGCUGUGGGCGACGAUCUAUCAGAUCACUGUUGGUACGAUCGCAUUCUCGCUCGUGGCGGAGAUGUCUACUCGGCGAUUGCAAGUCAAGACUAUCGCUCUUGGUCGAGCAUCGUACAAUGUCGCCGCUAUUAUCGUCAAUGUCUUGACGCCAUACAUGAUCAAUCCGACCGCAUGGAACUGGCGCAAUUAUGCCGGAUUCUUCUGGGCGGGGACAUGCUUCCUCUGUAUCAUCUUCGCCUACUACUGCGUCCCCGAACCGUCCGGUCGAUCCUUCGCCGAGCUGGAUCUGCUGUUCGAGCGCAAGGUGCCAGCGCGGGAUUUCGCAAAGACCGAGGUGGAUGUGUUUGCGGAAGGUGAGGGCAAGGUGCGGAGGGGUAGGGAGCUGGAAGGCUAG